GGGGGGUUGAGUUUGAGCUCUCCAAUCACACGGCUAUUGGCUGAGCAGAUUGGGAAGGGCAGACCUGCGAGCCUUCUUCAAAAAUUUGCAAGUGCUGCUGUGGAAGAAGCUGGAGCUCUCAACGUCAGCGCCAGUACUCGCAAGGCUGCCCAGAUCGGGGCUGGAGGGAAGCACCUUUCCCACGCUGAAGACACAUUGCAUCGAGCUCUGUCCAAAUCCGGGGAAGCGAUUGUCAAAUGCCCUAUUUCCUAUGUGGUGGUCCCUGUUGUGGACAUGUCCAUUCAGCGGAGGACGGUGAGGAAACCAAAACGAGGGAAUCAUAGAAAGUUUCGCGCUGUACCCAAGCCAAAGGGGCGACCCAAAAAGAAGGGGUGUCCAGAGCCAGUCAUUGUUUACAAGAAGUGGCCUGUUUUCGCACCUCACAAAAUGUUGAGCGCACUCCAUGAUGCCGGUGCUCUUCAUUUAGUGAAAGGCGAUAUGGACUGGCUCUGGUUCUGGGAAGGUGCAAAAAGAGAACCUUGGGGCAUGACGCAUCCAGUGCACCAGCUUCCAGACGCUGCGAAGGCUGCCAGCGCUGGCAUCAUGCUACACGGCGAUGAAGGCCAAGGAAAAUCAUCCAAGAGUGUGCUUGUGAUUAGCUGGUCGGCUAUGGGUAUUGGCGGCAAAACCAGCCAGUGCAGGUUUCCAUUUGCAGUAAUGCGGGCGUGCAACUAUGCCUACAAGGAUGGCCACAACAUUACUCUAGAAGCGCUGCAAAAUGAACUUGUCAGGAGCUUGAACCGUUGCAUCUCGGAGAAUCCCUGUCCGCUCAACUUGGUCUAUGUGGCUGGAAAGGGGGAUUGGAAAUGGAAACGGGAAUGGCUGCAAGAAUCCCGUCACUACGGCAAAGCUGCCAAAACCAGCGCUGGAGAAGGUCUCAUUUGUAGACGCUGCUUUGCUGGGUCAGCUGGGAAACCCUGGUUAGAUAUUCAGCACGAGCGAUUCAACAACGCUGCAGACCUCCGUGAUGCUGCCCAAACAAGUUGUGGCCAAAACAUUCCGCUUCGACGUCUUUGUGGAUGGGAUCAAAGCAUGGAGGUCCCGGAUCUUUUGCACACGGUUUGGACCGGAGUUGCCAAAGAUGCAGUCGGCUCUUUGAUGAUGGAUUUGGCCGAAUUUGGGCCAGCGUUUAUCCAGUUUGAAACUUGGGAUGAACGCCUGCAAGCAGUGACGCUCAGCGCUCGUGACUGGUGUCGCCAACAUAGAUUGACGCCCUCAUUGAUAGAUGACUUCAGCUUGGUGAAGCUCUCGGUGUCCGCGAUAUCCUUAGACUACCCGUCAGGGCCUAGUCACGGCUUCACCAACAGAAUUUUGAGUGUGCGCAGGCUGGUGUGGCGAAGCUUUACCACCAGGCGGUGUGCGCCUGGGCGCUGCAUCAUUUCGGCACGUUGCUGGACAGCUGCAAACUCUUCUUGAACGAAGAGGAGGCCGACCGUGUAGUUUCCGCCGGGCUUUUGUACUUACAGACCUACAUGGUUCUGGCUGAGCGUGCAUUGGCCCGGUGUGUUCCACGAUACAAGGUGCGACCAAAGGUCCACGCUUUGCAUUGCGAGACCCUGCUCAAAAUCCGUGAUGGCUCGCGAGUGAACCCCC